GUCCUGGUCUUUAGGAAGACUCCGAGCCCCUGAGAGAGCCUGCCCUCAUUUCUUCUCUGACCCAGGGUGUGGGCUGCUUUCGGCACCAUGGCCUUUUCAUCAAGGUUUGCCUUCUGGGAGCAAAAGGAAAGUUAUAUUUCAAAAUCUUUGUGCUUUUUUUCCUCUGUGCUUGGCAUGGUGUGUGCAGGCAGGAGACUGGCUGGUGGGAGAGGGAGCUUUGGGACCUGGCGAUGGACUGGGGCAUGUGUAUUGGGGGGUUGGGUAGAAGGACCAGGGGGCGGGGGUGGGGCGUGAACUCCCUCUUCCUGCCUGGAUGGGCUCCUCUGCUGGGUCAUGCUCCUCCCCUGAGCUCCACCUCUGGUAAGCCGAGCUGCCUUUUGUCCCACGGGUGCCCCUCCAAGUUAACCCCUCACGCCCUCUGCACCCCGCCGCUGCUCUGACUCACCCCUGGGCACUUGAGCUGCUGUGAAGGGGCCGCUGGGAAUGGCUUUGGCUCUUUGGCUUCUGAGGCUUUGGCCUCAGGACUGGGUCUCCCCGAGUCUGGGGUCUGUGAUGGGGAGGGUGAGAAAGAGCCAGGAGUGGGGAGCUGGGCCAGUUGGCUGCCUGGGGCCAGAGGGUGAUUCAGGCCGCAGACCUGCGCGUGCCUUUGUGCUAUGCACAGGCCCCAGCUGGGCAAUGACCUCCAGCAGACUCAACCCUUCGGUGGGGGAGGGGCGGUGAGUCAGCCUCAGGCUAAAUCCAGACCUGAGCUCAGAGCUGCGUCUGGUGUCCCAGCCAUCUCAGGGGGCUGCCAUGCCUCACCACUUGGGAAAGACCCUCGGGGCCCCAAGCUUGAGCCACACAGAAGGAGGACAGACUUGGAGCUGACGAAGGGCACGGAGUGGACUUGGGAGUCUGGGCCAUCGCUGGGCCCGAGCUGACAGCACUGCGUGCCGUGAUGAGUGUGUCUGGGUGGUUAAAGAGGAGGAUAAAGCUCUCCCGAAGCCUGGCCCUCCUGCCAAAGAGGAAGGGGCUCCAGAGGGCAGCUCAAAGGGCAGCAGUGGCCCAUCUAAGAGUCCUCAGCCUUCCACCAGCCCUGUGCCCUCCGAGCCUCCCCAGAGAGCCAAGAGCCCCGCGUCCACCCCGGCCAUGAACGGCCCGGCGGCUCCCUCAGCGGACGGCCCCAGUGAGGAGGCCCAGGGCCUGUCCCGGAAGAGGGUGGCGAAUGCAGUGAGGAAGGUGGUGAGCAGGGUGCUGCCUGGCGAGGAGCCUGGGAGCGCCAAGGAGCCUCCGGCCAGAGGGGUCCGAUCCCCUGAGCACCCGGCUCGAGGCAAGAAGGGAGAAAAGGCAGCCCCUGGCCCCAAGCCGCCACCCCCUCCUGUCCCCCCUGCUCCGCCUAAGCCCGAAGCCAAGAAGGAGGCGCCCAAAGACGAGCUCUCCGUGGGCCUGCGGAGCCUGAUGUCCCGGGGCCGGGGCAAGGACCACAAGCCGCGUGGCAGGCAGUCUCCUGGGAAGGCGGAGAAGCCCUCCAACCAGGAGCCAGGCUCCUCGGGGAAACCAGGCUCCCCGGCCCCACCGGAAGAGCGGGCGGACCCAGGCUCGGCUGGCCCGAAUCUCAAGUCGAACCUCACUGGAUUGCAGCCGAACAAGUCAGCAGUCCCCGACGCGCAGCAGGAGGCUGGAGCUGCCCCUGAGGUCUGGCUGACCCCGCCAGAGGAGGCCCACCGGCGGCUCGAGAGGAUCUUCACAGCUCCACUGGACCCUGAGGCCGCCUCUCCUGCCCACAGCCAGGUGAAGACAGAAGAGCAGAUUGCAGCUGAGGAGGCCUGGUAUGAGACAGAGAAGGUGUGGCUCGUCCAUAAGGAUGGCUUCUCGCUGGCCACUCAGCUCAAAUCCAAGGAGCUCAGCCUGCCCGAGGGGAAGCUGCGUGUGAAGCUUGACCACGACGGGGCUGUCCUGGACGUGGAUGAGGAUGACGUGGAGAAGGCCAACGCUCCCUCCUGCGACCGUCUGGAGGAUCUGGCCUCGCUGGUGUACCUCAACGAGUCUAGUGUCCUGCACACGCUGCGCCAGCGCCACGGGGCCAGCCUGCUGCACACGUACGCCGGCCCCAGCCUGCUGGUCCUCAGUCCCCGAGGGGCCCCGGCCGUGUACUCGGAGAAGGUGAUGCACAUGUUCAAGGGAUGUCGGCGGGAGGACAUGGGCCCCCACAUCUACGCAGUAGCCCAGACCGCCUACAGGGCGAUGCUCAUGAGCCGUCAGGACCAGUCUAUCAUCCUCCUGGGCAGCAGUGGCAGUGGCAAGACCACCAGCUGCCAGCAUCUGGUGCAAUAUUUGGCCACCAUCGCAGGCACCAGCGGGAACAAGGUGUUCUCUGUGGACAAGUGGCAGGCUCUGUCCACCCUCCUGGAAGCCUUUGGGAAUAGCCCCACCGUCAUGAACGGCAACGCCACCCGCUUCUCCCAGAUCCUCUCCCUGGACUUUGACCAGGCCGGCCAGGUGGCCUCCGCCUCUAUUCAGACCAUGCUUCUCGAAAAGCUGCGUGUGGCCCGACGUCCAGCCGGUGAGGCCACGUUCAAUGUCUUCUACUACCUGCUGGCCUGUGGGGAUGGUACCCUCAGGACAGAGCUCCACUUGAACCACUUGGCAGAGAACAAUGUGUUUGGGAUUGUGCCGCUGGCCAAGCCUGAGGAGAAGCAGAAGGCGGCUCAGCAGUUCAGUAAGCUCCAGACGGCCAUGAAGGUGCUGGGCGUCUCCCCAGACGAACAGAAAGUCUGCUGGCUCAUCCUGGCUGCCAUCUACCACCUGGGGGCUGCAGGCGCCACCAAAGAGGCCCCCGAGGAGCAAGCGGAAGCUGCCGAAGCUGGGCGCAGGCAGUUUGCCCGCCACGAGUGGGCCCAGAAGGCUGCGUACCUGCUGGGCUGCAGCCUGGAAGAGCUCUCCUCGGCCAUCUUCAAGCACCACCACCAGGGUGGCACCCUGCAGCGCUCCACGUCCUUCCGCCAGGGCCCCGAGGAGAGCAGCCUGGGCGAGGGCACAGGCCCCAAACUGAGUGCGCUGGAGUGCUUGGAGGGCAUGGCGUCCGGCCUCUACAGCGAGCUCUUCACGCUUCUCAUCUCCCUGGCGAACAGGGCUCUCAAGUCCAGCCAGCACUCCCUCUGCUCUGUGAUGAUUGUGGACACCCCAGGCUUCCAGAACCCUGAGCAGGGUGGGUCGGCCCGCGGGGCCUCCUUUGAGGAGCUGUGCCACAACUACGCCCAAGACCGGCUGCAGAGGCUCUUCCAUGAGCGGACCUUCGUUCAGGAGUUGGAAAGAUACAAGGAGGAGAACAUCGAGCUGGCGUUUGAUGACUUGGAGCCGGCCACGGAUGACUCUGUAGCCGCCGUGGACCAGGCAUCCCAUCAGUCCCUGGUCCGCUCGCUGGCCCGCACAGAUGAGGCGAGGGGCCUGCUGUGGCUGCUGGAAGAGGAGGCACUGGUCCCAGGGGCCACGGAGGACACCCUCCUGCAGCGCCUGUUUUCCUACUAUGGCCCGCAGGAAGGUGACAAGAAAGGCCAGAGCCCCCUCCUCCACAGCAGCAAAUCGCACCAUUUCCUCCUGGGCCACAGCCACGGCACCAACUGGGUGGAGUACAACACAGCGGGCUGGCUGAGCUACACCAAGCAGAACCCGGCCGCCCAGAACGCCCCCCGGCUCCUACAGGACUCCCAGAAAAAAAUUAUCAGCAACCUGUUUCUGGGCCGGGCGGGCGGCGCCACGGUGCUCUCAGGCUCCAUCGCAGGCCUGGAGGGCGGCUCGCAGCUGGCGCUGCGCCGGGCCACCAGCAUGCGGAAGACCUUCACCACCGGGAUGGCGGCGGUCAAGAAGAAGUCCCUGUGCAUCCAGAUUAAGCUGCAGGUGGACGCCCUUAUUGACACCGUGAAGAAGUCCAAACUGCAUUUCGUGCACUGCUUCCUGCCCGUAGCGGAGGGCUGGGCCGGGGAGCCCCGCUCCGCCGCCUCCCGCAGAGUCAGCAGCAGCAGCGAGCUGGACCUGCCCCCGGGAGAGCACUGCGAGGCCGGCGGCCUCCUGCCGCUGGACGUGCCGCUGCUGCGGGCCCAGCUCCGGGGCUCCCGCCUGCUCGACGCCAUGCGCAUGUACCGCCAAGGUUACCCUGACCACAUGGUGUUUUCCGAGUUCCGCCGCCGCUUUGAUGUCCUGGCCCCGCACCUGACCAAGAAGCACGGGCGCAACUACAUCGUGGUGGACGAAAGGCGGGCGGUGGAGGAGCUGCUAGAGUCCUUGGACCUGGAGAAGAGCAGCUGCUGCAUGGGCCUGAGCCGGGUGUUUUUCCGGGCGGGCACCUUGGCACGGUUGGAGGAGCAGCGAGAUGAACAAACCAGCCGGAACCUAACCCUGUUCCAAGCGGCCUGCAGGGGCUACCUGGCCCGCCAGCACUUCAAGAAGAAGAAGAUCCAGGACCUGGCCAUUCGCUGCGUGCAGAAGAACAUCAAGAAGAACAAAGGGGUGAAGGACUGGCCCUGGUGGAAGCUCUUCACCACCGUGAGACCCCUCAUCGAGGUCCAGCUGUCGGAAGAGCAGAUCCGGAACAAAGACGAGGAGAUCCAGCAGCUGAAGAGCAAGCUAGAGAAAGUGGAGAAGGAGCGGAACGAGCUGCGGCUUAGCAGUGACCGGCUGGAGACCCGGAUCUCAGAGCUGACAUCGGAGCUGACGGAUGAACGUAACACAGGAGAGUCCGCCUCCCAGCUGCUGGACGCAGAGACCGCAGAGAGGCUCCGGGCUGAGAAGGAGAUGAAGGAGCUGCAGACCCAGUACGAUGCACUGAAGAAGAAAAUGGAGGUGAUGGAAAUGGAGGUGAUGGAGGCCCGUCUCAUCCGGGCAGCUGAGAUCAACGGGGAAGUGGCUGAUGGUGACACAGGCGGCGAGUGGCGUCUGAAGUAUGAGCGAGCCGUGCGGGAGGUGGACUUCACCAAGAAACGGCUCCAGCAGGAGUUUGAGGACAAGCUGGAGGUGGAGCAGCAGAGCAAGAGGCAGCUGGAGAGGCGGCUCGGGGACCUGCAGGCAGAUAGUGAUGAGAGCCAGCGGACCCUGCAGCAGCUCAAGAAGAAGUGCCAGCGGCUGACGGCCGAGCUUCAGGACACCAGGCUGCACCUGGAGGGCCAGCAGGUCCGCAACCACGAGCUGGAGAAGAAGCAGCGGAGGUUCGACAGCGAACUCUCACAGGCACACGAGGAGGCUCAGCGAGAGAAGCUGCAGCGGGAGAAACUACAGCGGGAGAAGGACAUGCUCCUCGCCGAGGCCUUUAGCUUGAAGCAGCAAAUGGAGGAAAAAGACAUGGACAUCGCAGGAUUCACCCAGAAGGUUGUGUCACUGGAGGCCGAGCUCCAGGACAUUUCUUCCCAAGAGUCCAAGGAUGAAGCCUCUCUGGCCAAGGUCAAGAAGCAGCUCCGAGACCUGGAGGCCAAGGUCAAGGAUCAGGAGGAGGAGCUGGACGAGCAGGCGGGGACCAUCCAGAUGCUGGAGCAGGCCAAGCUGCGACUCGAGAUGGAGAUGGAGCGGAUGAGGCAGACCCAUUCCAAGGAGAUGGAGAGUCGGGAUGAGGAGGUGGAGGAGGCCCGGCAGUCGUGUCAGAAGAAGUUAAAGCAAAUGGAAGUACAGCUUGAGGAAGAGUACGAGGACAAGCAGAAGGUGCUGCGGGAGAAGCGGGAGCUGGAGAGCAAGCUGGCCACACUCAGCGACCAGGUGAACCAGCGGGACUUCGAGUCAGAGAAACGGCUCCGAAAAGACCUGAAGCGCACCAAGGCCCUGCUGGCAGACGCCCAGAUCAUGCUGGAUCACCUGAAGAACAACGCACCCAGCAAGAGAGAGAUCGCCCAGCUGAAGAACCAGUUGGAGGAGUCAGAGUUCACUUGUGCAGCGGCCGUGAAAGCGCGGAAAGCGAUGGAGGUGGAGAUCGAAGACCUGCACUUGCAGAUCGACGACAUCGCCAAGGCCAAGACAGCGCUGGAGGAGCAGCUGAGCCGCCUUCAGCGUGAGAAGAAUGAGAUCCAGAACCGGCUGGAGGAGGAUCAGGAGGACAUGAACGAGCUGAUGAAGAAGCACAAGGCAGCCGUGGCUCAGGCCUCCCGGGACCUGGCUCAGAUGAAUGAUCUCCAAGCUCAGCUAGAAGAAGCCAACAAAGAGAAGCAAGAGCUGCAGGAGAAGCUACAAGCCCUCCAGAGCCAAGUGGAGUUCCUGGAGCAGUCCAUGGUGGACAAGUCCCUGGUGAGCAGGCAGGAAGCUAAGAUCCGGGAGCUGGAGACACGCCUGGAGUUUGAAAGGACCCAAGUGAAGCGGCUGGAGAGCCUGGCCAGCCGGCUCAAGGAAAACAUGGAGAAGCUGACUGAGGAACGGGAUCAGCGCGUGGCGGCUGAGAACCGGGAGAAGGAGCAAAACAAGAGGCUGCAGCGGCAGCUCCGGGACACCAAGGAAGAGAUGGGCGAGCUCGCCAGGAAGGAGGCCGAGGCGAGCCGCAAGAAGCAUGAGCUGGAAAUGGAUCUGGAGAGUCUGGAAGCUGCUAACCAGAGCCUGCAGGCUGAUCUGAAACUAGCGUUCAAGCGCAUCGGGGACCUGCAGGCUGCCAUUGAGGAUGAGAUGGAGAGCGACGAGAAUGAGGACCUCAUCAACAGUUUGCAGGACAUGGUGACAAAGUAUCAGAAAAGAAAGAAUAAACCCGAGGGGGACUCAGACGUGGACUCGGAGCUGGAGGACCGGGUCGACGGUGUCAAGUCAUGGCUGUCAAAAAACAAGGGGCCUUCCAAGGCGGCUUCUGAAGAUGGCAGCUUGAAAAGUUCCAGAACCGCCCUCAGCACCGCGGGGAAGGAGGGCAAGGGGGUGGAGGAGAGGCCGGCCUCGGUGCUCAGCUCGCUGAGCUACCGAAAGCGGCUCACCCUGAAGGACUCCAUCGGGGGCACCGGGGACGAGGAUUCGCUCUUCACCACCCUGAGUGAGCGGCCGGCCUCCCCGGAGAGGCCCCCCCGGAAGGCCCGCGGGGGCCCCAAGGAGGAGCCGGGCUCGGGCAGAAAGUCCGAGGAGCCAGACGAGGGCGGCUCGGUCCUCUCCGGCGGCAUCCGGGGCCGCACGAGCCGGCUGGAGAAGCGCUGGGGCUCAGACUUGGACCGGGCCUCGGCCGUCUCGGCGCCGGUCAGCCGGGCCUCCUCGGCCACGCGGCGCGGCUCCGGCGGCGAGGACGGGGUGCGCUCCUCUUUGAGCUUCUCGCUGUCGGGCUCCCCCAGUUCCCGCCGCAGCACCUCCCGGCUCGACAGCCUGUCGAUGACCCUCAGCCCUUCCUUGGGCCGGGCCUCGCUCCUCGGCCGGGAGAGCCCCGAUUCCCGCCUGUCCCUGGGCCGCAGCUGCCUGGACGACUGGGACGAUGGAGCCAGCGUGGCCUUGAGCGAGGCGCACUCGCAGUACAGCCACCCGUCGUCUCUGGCCCGCAGUCUGUCGGUGCCACCCCGGCCUCGCGCCUCCACCUCCUCCACCCCGGAGGAGCCUCUGGGCUCCAGUGUCCGCCCGGUCAGCCGCCGCUCCUACCUGGACCCAGACCUGGAGGCCGCCAUCAACGAGGUCCUGAGCUACAAACCCGCCCCGUUCCACCGGAGCAGCCUGGAGCCGGACUCCGAGGAGGAUGACCGGAAGAGCAUCCAGAGCACCCGCAGCGCCCAGCUGGACCCUCCGGAGCGAGCCACCAGCAUCCGCCGCUCCGCCUCCGCCGCAGACGUGUCUCGGUCCCGCGGCAGCCGGAAGAGCCGGAGCAAGAGGAGGAGUAGCUCCAGCUCCAGCUCCAGCUCCAGCUCCGAAGAUUCCUCGGAGCACAGGCGGCGGAAGAAGGGGCGCUCUCGGAAGAGCAAGAAGAAGUCCAAGUCGAGAAGGAAGAGAACAGAGACAGAGUCGGAGUCGUCCUCCUCCUCGUCCAGCGGUUCUACCGUCUCGGGCCACAGCCGCUCGAGCGUGAAGAAGGGCCCGGCUGCGGAGGACGAGGAGGCCGGGCAGGGGCGCCGGCAAUCCCGGAAGGAGGAGAAGAAGCGCAAGAAGGAGGUGGACAGCCUGAUGAUGCGGUACCUGUACCGGCCCGAGAGCGACUAGUGCA